AUGAGUCCGCAAUUAGACACUACUUAUCUUCAGCAAGAGUCGCAAUUAGACAAUCUGAAGCAAUACGAACACAUGCAGAGCAAUAGUAAUUCAGAUCCUGCACAAAUACAAAAUAAUUACGCUAAUAUUAAUGUCAUGUCUAACGAGCCAAAUGAUAUUAAUGAUGUCAUGUCAAACAAUAUCACUUUCAUGCCAGAAAUGAACACGAUGAGAAGCUGGGUGUGGGAUUAUUGCACCAAAGCCUCUGAUAGCCAGCCUGCGACAUGUAGCGUGUGUGACAUAAUGCUACAAACGCAUGGAUCCACAACUACAAUCAUACAUCACUUGACGAAAGUACACAAUUUCAACGCAUCACGCAGUCGUCCAAGCAGAAAAAGAUCACAGGAGCAUAGCGAGCUAGAGAACCAUGAAGAUGAUGUAGGCUUAGAUUUUAAUCCGAGCAAUGGUAACUCCUUGAUCUCUCAUCCCAUUUCCCGGAAGCGUGCGCGGAUUUCGGCUUCCACGGACCCCGUUAAGCCCAUUUGCAAGGAACGGCAAGAGAAAAUAACUCAGGCCUUAGUCAAACUUAUAGCAUACAAUAAGCUGCCGUAUAGUUUUGCCAAGAGUCCUGGGUUCACGAUAUUCAUGGCAGAUGUAGAGCCUGGAUAUAAGUGUCAAUGCAGUCAGACGAUACUUCGCUGGCUACGUAUAUUAGAGGAUGAAGUCAAGGGAAAAAUACAACAAAAGCUGCAAUCAUGUCAGUACGUUGCCCUCGACACCGAUUGCUGGACAUCUCUGGCUCAGGAGGGCUACAUGAAUGUCAACGCUCAUGUCAUAGACGAUGCUUGGGAGUCACAUGUCUUCACAUUUAGCACGCAAGAGCUAGACGACAGACAUAUGGCCGAAAAUUUAGCGGACAGUUUACAACUUAUUGCUGCGGAAUGGCAAAUUGAUAAAAAAAUUCCCGCUAUUGUGAACGACAACGCGAGCAACAUAGUUGCUGCGGUGAACUUGAUGCCUAACGUCGAGGCUGACGUUACAUGUGCUGCACAUACCAUCCACCUGUCAGUGCAGAAAGCGUUACAGCAUACCUCAGCUGCGCUUGCUAAAGGUGGCUAUCUUGUUACACAUUUUAGACAUUCUGUCGUUUCCUCGGAGGCGCUGAAAAGAAAACAAGAACAGCUUGGGCUUUCGAAUAUUAAACUAGUUCAAAGUGUGCGUACACGCUGGAAUACUGAUCUGCAUAUGGCUGAAAGCCUUGUUGGAAAUCGUAGUGCGAUUAUAGUCGUUCUUUCUGACAGAUGUGUAACACCGAGCGCGCAGGCAAGGAAUCUGGAAAUUACCGAAGAGAACUGGAGUAUAUUAGAAGGACUUAUAAAAAUCCUGAAACCUCUUGAGAUCGCUUCCACGGUUUUAUCGGGGGCCCCAUUGUCAAUGGUUCGUCCUAUUAUUCGCACCGUCAUUGACAAUCAUUUGCAUAAGUUGAGAGAUAAUAUUGGAGAGACCGUUGUUCUGUUAGUGACCAAUACGCUAGCGACGGAGUUGUAUACGCGCUUCAAAAUGGAAUCUCUUGACGAAGUAACCAUAGCAUAAACUGCAUCAUUUUUGGAUCCACGACACAAAGAUUUAAUCAGCGAACCUUCCUGUAUAAGAAACAAGAUCAGAGACGCAGUUGCAAUGGAGGUUGCAGCACUUGCUUCAGACGAGAGCAGUAUCUGCCCGCAGACUUCAUCUAGCAGUGUUCUAGAUUUCUUAUUUAAGACGCCUCAGGAACCGCGCCUUCUUCCUACUGAGCAACAAUUUCAAUUAUAUCUUGCAGAGCCACAAAUAGAUAUUAACAUGGACCCCUUGCAAUGGUGGAAGAGUCGCGAGCAGAAAUUACCUCUUCUUGCACAGUUAGCGAAAAAAUAUUUAUGCGUGCCAUCAACUUCUGUGGCAUCAGAAAGAGUAUUCUCUGUAGCGGGAGAUGUGGUGAGCCGAAAACGUAAUUGUCUGGCUCCCGAAAAUGUCGCCACGAAUAUGUUUUUGUUUCAAAAUAGGUCGUUAAUAUAAAAAAGAAUAAAUACAUGUUACGUUAAAAAUGUUGCGUUAUAAAUAAAUGUUGUUUUAUUAUAGAGUAUAAAAUUCGCAAGUUUGUUAAUAUUGUAGAUUUAUUUCAAUUAUCAUUAUUUUCUAUUAUUAUUAUCAAGCGGGAUGAUAGCACCGCGAAUCGAACACAAACAAAA